AUGUCCGCACAUGCACCAGCAAUAGGGGCCCUGGCCUCGCCCAGGUUGCCCACUCCCCGCUCCCGACGCGAUCGUGGGGCCAGGCGGAGCCCUGGCCACGGUCGGAGCGUCGGUGCCCAGGUUGCGUGCGCCAGGGGCUUCUCGAGGCUAGCGGCCCAGGAGGCGCCCACGGUGUCCGUAGCCAGCCCCCGGCAGCAGCAGGAGGACGGGCAGCGCCCACCGAGGCAGCGGUGGCAGGAGCAUCAGGACUCGCCGCCGCCGCCAGCCGGCGCGUCGAUGGCCGGCGCGGCGGCGCCCCUGGAGCAGCAACUAGAGGCCGCCAGCCAGGCGCCGGCGGCACCAGCAGCAGCACCAGCAGCAGUAGCAGCCCCGGAGCCCUGGCUGUCCCCCAAGCUGGCGCUGCUAGUGGCUGCCAUGCUGUGGGGCAGCUACUCGGUCAGCGUGCGCCUGCUCUACUCUGCAGCGGAGCCGCCGGACGCGGUGGUGGUGAUGGCGGUGCGCGGCAUGCUGCAGGCCGCCGCCAUGCUGGCCGUGUCCACAGUUCUGGUCCCACAGGGGCAGCAGCGGCAGCAGCAGCAGCAGGAAUGGCAGCAGCAAGGCGCGGCAGGCGAGCACCCACAGCGGCAGGGCGCCGCCUGGCUGCUGCAGCAGUUCCUCACCCUCAAGUCGCCGCCGCUGUGGAUGGCGGCGGUGGAGCUGGGCCUCUGGAACUUCACAGCCACCGGCCUGCAGACGCUGGGCUUGCAGCUCACCAGCGCCACACGCGCCUCCUUCCUCAUCCAAGCCACCGUCAUGCUCACGCCGCUGCUCUCCACGCUGGCGGGCUACCGGCCGGGGCCCCGCGUGUGGGGCGCCUGCGGCCUGGCGCUGGCCGGCACGCUGCUGGUGACGGCCGACGAGGCGGGGGCCACCGCGGCGGCCAGCGGCUGGGGGGCGGCGGGCCUGCAGCUAGGCGGCGACGGCGCCAUCCUCGCGGCCGCCCUCUUCUACUCGCUGGGAGUGGUGCGCAUCACGGGCUAUGCCCAGUCGCUGUCUCCCUCUGAGAUCGCCACCAGCAAGUCGUUUGUGCUGGGCGGCUUGGCCCUGGCCUCGCUGGUCGCCGCCACCGGCAGCGCCGCCGCGCAGGGCCUGCCCGCGCAGUCGCUGUGGGGCGGCGUGGGGUCGGACCCGCUCAUGUGGGCCGCCCUGCUGUGGUCGGGACUGGGCCCCGGAGCCCUCGCGUCAUACCUGCACGCCCGGGCAAGCACCGCUGCUGCUGGACAAAAGCACGUGACCCCCGCCGAGGCCUCGGUCGUGUUCUCCUCCAAGCCGCUGUGGGCCGCCGGCCUCGCCUGGCUGCUGCUUGGCGGCGAGGAGCUGGGCCCGCUGACGUGGGUCGGCGGCGCCACGCUCAUGUCGGCUGGCCUGCUGUCGACCGCGGAGAAGCCGGCGGCGGCGGAGCAGCAGAGCACGGAGCCACAGCCGCAGCCGGUGCUCGCGGAGCCGCAGCAGCGCCGGCGCUAG